AGUGGUUACUGCUCAACAGUUAAAAGAAACCCUAACACACAGCACUGGCAGUGAAAGAUUCAAAGAAGGGGAAACAUUUUUUCGGAGAAAGUAAUGGAAAUAGACCGAAUAUCUUUUCUGCCAAAAGCUAUACUUCAUGACAUCAUCGGAAGGUUGCCCGACAAAGAUGCUGCCAGGACUAGUGUUUUGUCAAAGUCGUGGAGCGAAACAUGGUUUUCAUUUCCCAUAUUGUCUGCUUGCAGCGAGAAUUUUUUUAGUCUAGCAAGAACAUUACCUAUAGAACAUCCUCUUUGGCUUAGCAAAUUAGAUAUAUUCAUUGGCUAUGUCGGUAAAAGAUUGAGGAGGCUCUGUGACCAAGGCUUAGCGGUCAAAGAACUUAAGCUCAAUUUGCAAUAUAGAUUAGACCGUAUGCAUGUGUCCCACCAUGUUGAUCAAUGGAUACAGAUGGCUGCUGAAAAUGGUGUCGAAGUACUAGAGCUUCACCUCGCCGCCAGUGGCUGUAUGGACAAGUGGUAUAACCUUCCGCUUUGCGUUGCUGAAGCCAAGACACUUACUAAGUUGGUGUUGAUUGGGGGAAUCAGACUUGACCCAGCAUUCCUAAAGUAUUCGCUCAAGUUUUUCUCAAUGAGAACAUUGUCUUUGAGUUGUAUACUUUUUGGAGGUGAAGGGAUUAUGGAGCAUUUCAUUUCGCAUUGUCCUCUGAUUGAACAUUUAACUCUUGAACAUUUAACUCUUAACUUUGAGUUGUAUACUUUUAGGACCGUUUGGGUGAAAUCGUUAAGCUUGCAUGGUCUACAAAAGCUGAAGGGAGUUGAUAUUAAAGGAAUACAAGAGGUAUAUAUUGAUGCUCCGAAUCUUGAGGACUUAUCCUAUCGUGCUCUUGCUACGGAUGGGUCUUUCAAACUGAGUUUAGAUAGUUGCACAAAUUUGAGAUGCUUGAGCUUGUGGCAUUUGAUGAGCCCAGACAAGUGGUUACUCGAACUAUUGUACAAGAAUCCUUUCCUUGAAAGUUUGAUGUUGCAUAAUUGCUGUUCGUCUGAGAGGAUUAAUAUUUCAGGUCCUCAACUCAAGUUCUUUACGUUAUCACAUUUCUAUGAUAACUUGAAGGAGGUCAACAUUGAUGCUCCUAAUUUAUUAUCAUGCGACUAUAUGGGAAUCGACAAACCUGUUAUAUCUUUUCAGAGAAUUUCUGAUCAAUUGGAAGUCAAUGCUCAUAUGCACAUUAAUCAUCGGCAUAUUUCUAGAUUGAGGGAAUUUUUCCAAAACAUCAAACCCCAAAAGGUUCUGGCAUCGCUGUCCCUUUUUAUCUUUGAGCCACUUUCAAUUUCAGAAAGCCUAGGUAUAUUGCGAAUUUCAUCCUCUCCUCCAAGUAUUAAAUGUGUGGAAUUAUGUGUUCUUUGGGAUAAUGAAGCUCCCUAUUUCCCCUUUAUGAAUUGGUUGCUUUCAAGCUGCUUUCCAGAAAGUAUCUCAUUCAGCUUGCGGUCCUAUUUUAAGAUGAAGGCAUUUAUUGUGUAUUUCUAUGAGAUGCUGAUGGGCAGCAAGAAGGGCAAGUGCGAUUGCUGUUCAAGGAGUUUUAAGUGUUGGUGGCAUGGCUUGAAAGUUGUCAAGGUCACAUACUUAGGAAGGACUUAUGAAAAUGUUGAAGAUCUUAAGGCCAUGUUAGAUGCAUUGCCAGAAUUUGAUGCUGAGGAAUUUAUUACUUUUGGCUUAGAGUUGUAAUCUUGCCAUUAUUAGCUCAUAUGAUGUGCCUAUGAUUUUG